AUGCUGACAGUCGUGCUUGUUCUUGCUUGCUGUUGUACCACAGACGUUCUUUCAGACACGCUACUAUCUGAUCGGAAUCAUCGCAGAGACCGCCGUGCCGGUUACCACUGGACUGGUGUGUGCAUUGACGGACGUGCUCAAUCUCCUAUUGACCUUGUAUUAGGGGACGCUGAGAUUACUUACAAUGGAGAAUUACUGUUCACUAACUACGGUGCCCACGAUCCCAAACCAUUAACAUAUGUGGAUGCUAAGGCACAUGCA